AUGUCUCUCUUUGUUUCACCAAUCUCAUGCUUUAGAUUAGUAAAUCGCAAACCACUUGCUCAAAAAUCCUUCAAUGUUGUUAAUUAUGGUGCUAAGGGUGACAGCAACACUGAUGAUUCAAAUGCUUUCUUGAAAGCAUGGCAAGAAGUAUGUGGUUCAACUCAAGGUACUCCAACCCUUAUUAUACCGGGAGGCAAAAAGUUUAUGUUGCAACCUUCGUCAUUCCAAGGUCCUUGCAAAUCCUCAACCGUUAAGGUUAUGAUGAUGGGAACUAUCAUUGCCCCACAAAGUAGUGGAAAAUGGAAAUGGGACAGUCGUGAUGACGAUGCAUGGAUCAGCUUCUCUCACAUAAAAGGCCUUAUUAUCAGUGGUGAAGGAACAUUUGAUGGCCAAGGUGCUUCCUGGUGGAAAAAUUAUAAUGACCAUGGCAGGCCAACUGCUCUUCAAUUUCUUGGAUGUGAUAAUCUAAAACUUGGUCCAUUGAGACACAUUGACAGCCCAAAAAAUCAUAUAAGCAUAGUCGAUUGCAAUGGCGCUUUAAUCUCCCAUCUUCAUAUAAUUGCACCGGAGAAUAGUCCCAACACCGAUGGAAUUGAUAUUUCAAGAUCAACCAACAUCAUCAUUGAACACUCAACCAUCUCAACUGGCGACGAUUGCAUUGCCAUUAACAGUGGUUCCAAAUUCAUUAACAUAACUGCGAUUAAUUGUGGACCUGGUCAUGGCAUCAGUGUUGGAAGCCUUGGAAAAGACGGAAAAUAUGCUACUGUAGAAGAGGUGCAUGUGUCACACAGCAUCUUCACUGGAACGGAAAAUGGAGCUAGAAUCAAGACAUGGACGGCUGGAACUGGGUAUGCGAGGAAGAUAACAUAUGAAGAUAUUACACUUAUUAAAGUAAAUAACCCUAUAAUUAUUGAUCAACACUACGACGCUUUAGAAAGUGUAAGCGAUAGUGUCCGUAAAGGAGUGAAAGUGAGUGAUGUUACUUUUCGUGGCUUUCGGGGAACUGCAAAUGAGAAGGAUGCAAUUGAACUGAAUUGUGCUCGUAUUGGUUGCACCAACAUUGUACUUGAAAAUAUAAACAUAGCUGGUCUUGGUGGAGAGAAGCCAUCUGCAUCGUGCAAUAAUGUACAAGGGUCAUGCUCUUCUUGCAAUCCAAAUGUCCCGUGUUUUCAUUAA